CUUAGUACCAACUAAUUAAUCGCCCGGUUCGAUGAUCUCAUGAUCAAUUGAAGCUAAUUGGAGUUUAAGUUUCAUAUAACAUUUUCCUGAUUUGACUCCAGACAAGCUGCGUGAUGCAGGAUCCAAUGAAUCUGCUGAACAAUAAUAUAGCUUAUACAUUUGCCUGCAGCCGGCUCAGUACUGAAUUUUGGUCCUGGUUUUGACUUUUGAGACCCAGCUGUUAUUGUUUAGUUGACAUGUUCUAAUUUUUCUGAGGUUGCCAAUGCUUCAUUAUCUCUUCCUGCUGAUUGCAGAAGACUGGUCGUGCUCAAUUGCCGUUAUUAGCUACUCCCUCCGUCCCAAAAUAAGUGGCUUUAGUACAAAGUUGAGUCCAAAGUCGAGUCACUUAUUUUGGGACGGAGGCAGUACAAUUUAGAUGCAGUUUAUAAUCCCCUUCGUUUGCUUACUAGAGUCUGUUGUGUGGGAAAUGAAACCUUAAUAGAGCUUAUUCAGAGACAGUAAUGCGGGUAGGGUAAAGGUCUGGCAACAGAACAGACUGCUAGCAAGAUUGUUCAUCUUGUAAGGCAGCUUCAGACCACUUUGCCUCCUUAAGCACUUGCUUCUACAUGGUCUUCUCUUCAGCCACAGCAACAGUCUGCGCUACAAUCAGCGGGUGGCACAUCACAAGCAGCGGCAGUCAAUAUCAAGGGGCGGGGCAAACUAGGUUUCCGCGGCAACCAGACGAGACGACUCUAUGCCUCUAUGCACGCUGCAUUGACUGAGCCAGCGGCACAGCAACUUGCCCGAAGAACGGCGGCUCCAAAGUCUGCACGCGCUGCCUUGACCACCAGACCAGCGGCAGGGCAACUUGCCUGCAGAAUGUCAAUGGUACGGGCGUACGGUAUACUGGGCAUGGUAUGAACAAAUCAACGCCUCAUCAUGCGGUCCAUCCAUUCAAAUAUGACGGGUAAAUCAAGCUUACACAAAUUGUCUACAUGAAAAUAGCGCAAAGGUUGACUUGCGGCCAUGUUGAUUGGCACCCAGUCUCGGGACUGAGAUAUCAACAUGUGCCAAGAGCUCAAGAUACCUCCAAACCUCUGAAUCCAUUGCAUCUAUCCGGCUAGUGGCAGAGUAGAUAGAGGCAUAGAGUGUUUGACUGGACUACACCAUCCAUUCCACCCACAUGGUAUGAACGCAUGCCUUCCACUUGAUGAUGAACACAAAGUAUGAACUCGUAGGUGAAGGUCAAGGCAGCUGGGUGCGCGCGCGCACCUCCGUGAGACAUGGAAGUCCUCUCUGGAACACAUAUAAGCAUACGAAUCCCGGGGCCAGGAGGCAUUCCUCAUCAUUUACCAACGUGACCUCUGUCUAGCUAGCUGGAGAGGAUGGCGCUUGUUCCCCGGUCGUCCCUGCGCUCCCUGGUGCUGCUCGUGUCCCACGGGAAGCCACGGCUGAGCUCUUUCUUCUCCUCCGCCGCCGCCACACCGGCCGCCCCAGGAGCUGAUAAUCUUCCGGCUGCUCCGGCCGUCCACCCCCCAGCUCCGACAGGCCGUUCAUGCCCCAAGCUCCCUGUGGAGGAAGAGUUUGCUCUUCACCCAAUUCCUGGGGGUCCACGUCCACAUCCACGACCACGUCCGCGCCCAUGUGGAGCCGCUAAAGAUGCAAGUGUAACCGACAAUGCUUUGCUGAACGCCCCUGAAGAUCCUUGUACAUACCCGGAUCCUGAUCGUGGUUCUGAUGGCAUCUUUGAAGAUCCCCGACACCCAGUUCCUGAUCCAUCAGGUAGGGGGCGUAGCGCCGUAACCGAUGAGCCUGCUCAGUGCACCCAGGAGCACCCUAAGUACCCAGUAACCGAUAGUUCAACUGACAAGGGCCCUGCUGUGGAACAUCCUGCAUACACAACUCCUGGUUAUGGUUCAUGUAGCACACCUGAGCCUAUGCCUGAUAAGCCUCCCUGCGGCACCUCCGAGGAUGUGAAACAACGAGAUGUUGAUCCACCGCCUCCCGCGCGUGAAGGUGUUGGACACCGAGUUGUCGAUCCACCACGCGGGGGCAGGGGGCGUCGCGCUGUGCCCGACGAGCCAGAGCAGUGCGCCCAGGAGCAUCCCAAGUACCCAGUUCCUGACAGUUCAAGUGACAAGGUCUUCUCCUCCUGCUCCUCCGCCGUUCCGCCGCUGGCUCCAGGAAGUUGCACCCCGGCUGCCCCCGACGUUCAGCCUCCAGUCACCCCAGCUCCGCCAAAUCGUUCAGGCCACAAGCUCCCUGAUCACGAAGAGUCUGUUUUCAACCCACUUCCUGAUCCACCAUCAGGUCACAGGCUUAGCCCUGUAAUCGAAGAGCCUGCCCGGUGCACCCUGGACAACCCCAAAUACCCAACUCCUGAUCAUGCUUCAUGUAGCCCAUCUGAAGGUGUAUCUGCGGACUUGUUGGAAGAUCCUCUGCAUCGGGUGCCUGAUCCACCACGUAGGCCCUAAUGAAUCGACGCAGUGCAGCCAGGAGCAUGAGCAUCCUCAGCACCCAGCUCUGGGCAGUUCCAAGUGACGACAUCUUUCAGACACCUUCUGACAGGAUCACGAACCGGGGUUAUAAAGCUACGUCCUGCAAGCGCUGGGUCACUGAGAAGAUAGCGAGCACCUAAUUAAGCUGAUACGAACUAGGAGAAAAAAUUGGCAGCUUUCCCUGGCUUCUGCCCGUGCUGGUCUGUAUACUGUAGACUCGUAAUUUUGUUGCGAUGAAUCCUUGUGUUGUGAGCAGAGAAAAAUCUCGGUGGUUACUGGCUAGUUACUGCUGCGAUCUUGUUGUAAUCCCAAUACAUGCUUUCAAGGAAAAAGAGUUAUGGUUGA